AUGGAGUUUUGCAAAUUCUUAAGAUAUGUUAAAAUAGAUAAAGGAUAGAUAAUAUAAAAUUUCAAUAAUAGGGUCGAAAGCCUUUUCUUUUUAAUAUGUGGUAGAGUGAAGUAAACUGAAUCAGAAAAAAAACUAAAAAAAAAUAAUUAAAUUAUGCGAUUUAAAAAUGAAGAAAUUAUAGAUAAAUUUAUCAUUUUUGAUUCAAAUCAAUAAAAAGAUUAAGUUAUUUACUCUUUUCCUAAUGUUGAAUUUAUUACACAUAAUAUUUGCAAAUCAAAAUACGAAACUCUGGAAGACUGCUACUUUGCUACAAUUUCAUAUAAAGAAUUUGAGUAAAUAAUGAGCAAAACUAAAAUUUUUGACUAAGAAUCUGCUCCUGAUUACUGGUAUAUAAUUAGAUAAGGCGAAUUUAGUUUAUAGAGAUGCUUUGAAAUUGAAACAUCCAAGAGGUAGUAGUAAAAUGAUAUGAUGGUAUAGUUUAAAUAAGCAAAGAGUUUUACAUAAACAUAAUCGAUUUCUAUAUUGUAAUAAAAUGAAUUCUUUGGAAUUGAAGAUAUAUUAUCAAAUAAAAAAAGAUAGUAUUCCGUAAAAUGUCUAAGCGAGUAAGGAGUACUAUCAGUAAUUUCAUCCAAAGAAAUAGUCAAACUUAUGAAUAGAAAUAUUUUAAUACAAAUAGAUAUUCAAAGAAUUUUCUCAGAAAAAACCAACUUCAUUUAAGAAAGAAUAAAUCAAAUAGAAUAAUAAUUAAUUUAGUCAUAGAUUAAAAAAAUAGAAAUAAGAAGCAAGAAUAUUUCAACUUAAAAUCAAGUUUCUACUGUUAACUAAUCUAAAGAUAAUAUGGAAAAGAUCUAGCAAGUUGAGGAUAUGCUGUAAAUAUAAGAAUAAUACUCGAAGAUCCAUACCACAAAUGGAACAUUUUAGGCAUCUGAAGAUUUAGAUGAAUAAAUCGAGAUUCAGAAAUUCCUUAAGCUUAAAGGCUUUAAUUCAUUGAGUACUCACCAAUAACCAACAUAAGCACAGGAAUAAAACAAAAGGAUUUACAAUGAAAAUUUUAAAAAAGCAUUAAAAAAUGAUAAAAUUCUGAGAAAUGAUACUCUAAAAUAAAAGUAAGAGCUUCUGAAUUUUUAUAGAAAAAUGAUAGAAGACUAAUUUAGCACAUAAAAGUAAAAAUAAUCAAGUAAAGGCUUUAAAAAUUACAAAAUAAAUUUCUUUAAUUAGAAAGUUAUUUAGCCAAUGUAAGAAGCCCUCAAAAAAAAGAACAAUAAAAUUUUAAGAAAAAUGUAAAAUGAUAAAUAACACUGUGGCACAAAUUUUAACAACUUUGUUGAAUCUCGUAGCUAAUCUUAAUACAGUCAAAUAUAUUCUAGUCCAAUUAAUUUACUCAAAAAUAGCUUUUUAUAAAAUUAAAGCUCUGAUUAAGGGUUUUAGUAUUAUUGUAAUACUAGUGAUAGCAAUUUAUUUCGUUAGAGUGGGUCAUCAAACUCAUUAGAGUUUUUUAUUAAAAAUAGGAAAAUCAAAAGCAGCAAUCCUCAGUCUGAAUUUUCUAGUACUUUUUACAGCUAAUCUUCAGAGCCGAAUUAAUUUAAUGAUCUUGAUGCAGCAAAUUUAUCAAACUUUUAAACAUCUCCUAACUUAAGAAGCCUCAUAAAAAGAGCCAUUUAAAAUAAUUAUCAAAACGAAUCCCAAUUAUCCAGCAACAUAUUUGUAAAUUAUGGUGAUAGAUUUAAAAAUUUAAGUCAUUAGUUAAAUAGUAUUUCUUUGUGCACUUAAUUUAAAUCAGAAAAAUAAAGUUAGAGUAAUUUUAAAGUUUCAACUAAAAUAUCACGUCUUAAUUCUAUAGGAAGUCCUACCCAAAAAGAAGACAGCUCUUCUGAACAAUUUUAAAAUACAUCUUAAUCUAUAUUUUAUAAAAGUAGUACAAACAACUUCAAGACUAAUCAAACUCAUUUGCCUUAAAAUUUAACAUAGAAAUAUUAUAAUCAAACUUCAUAUAAUUAGAAAAAUGAUUAUGGUGUUUCUUUGAUGACUGAAGAUACUCAAUAAAAAAAAAGUAUUUCUUUUUCUACAUAGUGUAAAGCAAAUCAUUUUAAGCCCUCAGUUUCAGCUAAAUUUCCUACUCAACCAGAAUCACCUUCAUAUAAAAAUUAACAUCAGUGA